AUGAAAAAUGAGCAUGCUUCAAAACAAGCAUUGGCCCUGAAAUGCGCAGAUAUUUCAAAUCCCUGCCGCAAGUGGGAAGUUUAUGUCAGUUGGGUAGCACUUGUUACUGAGGAGUUUUUUCGCCAAGGAGAUAGAGAACGAGAAUAUAAUUUGCCCAUCGCGCCAACUAUGGAUCGUUAUGCAACCACAAAGCCGAAAAUUCAAAUAGGUAAAUUUCUCUUUGAUCGUUGA